UAUUUGGCGCUGCCGGCCAUUAUUUGCAUUUAAAAUUCAUUGUGAUUCUGAAGUCCGUUCAGGCUGGAUCGUUCCACCAAUAGAUUCAUAUAUUUAUAGUUUUCGGGGUAGUGUCUUCUUUAAGAAAAGCUUAUCCGUUGCCUAAAGAUGGGCUGCACUUCCGGUUGCGUAAAGUGUUUCCUAAACGCUCUCAAUACCCUGAAUGCGCUUUCGGGUCUUUUACUGAUAGCCAUUGCAACGUUGGCCCUCGCGAAAGCACCUUUUGUUUACAUCGUGUUUCUAUAUGGACUGGGUGGCAUUAUCUUCGUCUCGGCUAUUCUCGGAUGCUGUGGAAUCUGCCAGGAGAGCGUGUGCAUGACCGCAACGUACGGCUUCCUACUGUUGGGCCAGCUGAUAAUCAGUUUGCUGGGCAUCUUCGGCUUCAAGUUCAGUGAGGAGUACAUAGAGAAGUUCGCCGCCGAGGAGGUUCAGAGGAAAUGGAACGAGGAGCUGGUGAAACCUGGCGCAAUGGACCCUUACCAGGAAGUGUACGAGUGUUGUGGACGUGAUAGCCCCGACGACUAUGUGGCCAUCGGUCGUCAAACCUUACCCACAAGCUGCUAUCCUCAGGGGGACACCCAGAAGAUCCAUUAUAUGGCUGGAUGUGUCCAGAAGUCCAGUCAGAACUAUGUGGCGCUUUUCAGCUACGCCAACGACACCAACUGGAUCGCAGUGGGCAUUACCGUUCUUAUGGUCAUUGCUGCCUUUUAUUUAGUCGGACGAUUCCGCAAGCAGCGCAUUCGCUACAGCUACUAAAGACUACUUUUAUGAAAUACUCCACAGAA